CUCCUGAAGCUUUUUUCAUGAAAAAUAUAAAAUCGUCCAAGAAAAAGAUGCGCAAUCUCUCAAGGUUACGCUCACACAACUGCUAGUCCUCGUGGUUCACGCGACCAUGCUCGCACGUCGAACGUCUUCGAGAGCCGCGCGUGUGCGAGGUGAAGGAUUAGAUGGAGGAGCCGGUUACGAGAAAGGUUAAAUAGGUAUCGGGUGGCGGUGGUUCUCGGAAGGUGGGUGUACUCGUUAGCGUAUGAGCCCGCCUACCGUCCAAUGCGGUGGCUGGUUUCCCAAAGGUCUCCCUGGCUUCUCUCGCGUGGCUUUUCGCGCGGUCCCCUCUCUGUUCUUCUUCCUGCCUGUGUCGUCAUUUUCUGCCGGUGCACCACUUCGGUGGAGAACUUCGACCGUGUAUGAGUGUACUUGCGUGCGUGCGUGCCUGCGUGCGAGUAUAUAUGUGUGCAUGUGUGUGAGUACGUGCGUCGCUUUGGAUCGCGCACGAUAAUAGUCACGGGUGGGAUCUCCUUGACGCGCGUUUGCCUCGCUCCGAGAUACCGGCGUCGACUACUGACAGUACUGACACGGCCUGCAGUUCUCAAAGCAUCACAAUCGACAGUGGAUCGAUCGUCGGCUCGUGAUCCAGACCAACUUGAUGAGAUCCAGCGGAGCAGAUCGACGCGAUUAUCGAAGUACAUUGACAAGUAUCUGAUCACUCAAAGAAAAUCACGGAAUGGAGAAUCAAGCGAAAUGAUCGAGAGACACUCUCACACCUAACGUACGUAUUUGGAGAAUGAAUUGGACAAAUUGUGUGACGAUUGAGAUUUUGAGAAACCCCGUGUCUUGGAAUUUGACGUGCUGUGUGUACAGUGAAAAUUGAAUUGUUUUAAAGAGUCAUUAAGAAGGAAUAGACAGUGCCUUAAAUCGGGACCAUUGGGAUCUGUUAAUUAAUAUAUGAAGCCAUUUAGUUUCAUAACGACAUUUUAAUCGAUACGCUUUAAUGCCAUUGGAUUGAUAUUCCUAUUAUCACCUGUCAGUCUUAAUGUACUGUCGAAAUUAUCGAUCUGGUUAACGUGACCUCAGCUGAUUCUUCAGAUUACUGAGGUAUCUGUCAACUUGUUGGCACUAACUUGUCUUACUCUGAAUAGCAGCGCUCACAGUACGAAUAUUUACAUUCUACGAUUCUACAUUGAUACUUCAGUGACGAUAAUUAAAAAAAGUUUGAUAAUUCACAUCAAAUAUAUGACGGAGACUUUCUGUUAACAAAUCGAAGAAUAAUCAAGGUGAAUACAAGGAAACUAAAAAAAACAGGAUGCUUUUCAAAGGCAACAGUUCACGGCUGGAAUUGCUGAUAGGAAAGAUCCAUGCGCACAAGGAACCAUCACAAGACGAGCAACACAAACCUAAAGAGGCUCUAGGAACUGGAAGUUCUUCGUGGCACAGCGAGGAUGGUGGGCCCAACUCGCGUCGCGGCGGCGAGACGCCGUCAUCCUGCGCAACGCCGACGUCAGCCAGCUUCCCAUCGGAGCCCGAAGUUGACGCAGAUGUCGGCGUCAAUCCUGACGGCAAUAAUCCCACUGCCCCCUAUCCCUGCCAAUUCUGCGACAGAACAUUUCCGCGGCUCAGCUACUUAAAGAAACAUGAACAGAGCCACGGUGAUCAGAUGCCAUAUCGAUGCAGUUGGUGCAACAGACUGUUCAAGCACAAACGCAGCCGUGAUCGUCAUGUGAAGUUGCAUACUGGAGAUAGGCGAUACCGUUGCUCGAAAUGUGAGGCCGCCUUCUCCAGGAGUGAUCACCUGAAGAUCCACUUGAAAACGCACGACACUCAAAGGCCUUACCAAUGCACGGCUUGUACGAGAGGCUACAGCUCGGCCGCAGCCUUAACGUCACAUAUGCAGUCUCACAAAAAACAUCACCAAUCAUCGUCCUCUCAUUCGGUCAACAAGCUCCAGGAUGUUGAUUACGGUAGAAGAAGCGUCUCCUCGCAUAGCACAUCAUCGCCGCCGGUGCCGUCAUCGCCAUCGCCGUCGUUAAACCUUAGUAUGAACCCAAGAAACGUCUUGAAAACAUCGCAAGGCACCGGUAGCACCUCUACCACACCAGUUCUCAACUCGUCCUUAAAGCUUACCUGUAUGUAUUGCACUCGGGACUCGUUUAGUUGCAUGCAGCAGUUACAGAUCCACGUGCGCACAAUGCAUCAGGCAAUACUUAGCGGCGCAGAAGGUUUAGCACGACCACCAUCGCCAAAUAAAACAUUGAAUGAACAACAAAUGAUGUUCUGCUCGCGCGAUAAGCUGCCCGAGCGCCAGGACGAUUUGAAGGACUCGUGCUCGAACCAGAAAUAUCCACCUGAGGAAAGAGUCGACAGGCCUGCCAGCGAACGAGAUCACUAUGAGAAUGCGUUCACUUGCAACCAAUGCACCAUGAAAUUUUCCACUCUGGCUUGCUUGCGCGAUCACUCGCUGUCGAUUCAUCGAGUGGACGGUGGUUUCAGCGCAACAAUGGUAAUAUGUCCACUAUGUGGUAUUCCGUGCACCUCGACAGCAGCUUAUGCCGAGCAUUACGUUCUCCAGCACUGCGAGAAUCAUCGACCGGUAUUAACAACCGGUUUAGAUUACAAUGAGAAACUAAACGGUAUUUAUGACAGUACUUCAGCGAGAGACUCCAAAACAAGAAACAGGGAUGUUCCGGAGGCUACCGAUCUCACGAACAAACAUUCGAUCUUGUCAUCCGCGAACGCCGCUAGUGGUUAUACCGCCGACACUCUGCUGUGUGGUCAAUGCGAUGCCGCGCUGAAGGAUUUUGAAUCCUUUCGCGAACACGUGGCCCGGCACUUGCAGGCCGAUCACUGCAACCAAGAGAUAUCUAAUAGACAACACCCGUGUCCUAAAUGCGAAACCGUCUUCCCGACACGUGAAGAUAUGCUGGCUCACCUAACCAAACAUUAUCAGGGCCAGAUCAAUAAGGAAUUCGUGUGCGACGCCUGCAAGAAGUUCUAUCCGCAUCCCGAUCAACUUCAGAAACACUUGCUAGACACUCAUGCCCAUCAUCUAUACCGUUGCGCUCUAUGCCGAGACACGUUCGACUCCAAGGUAGCAAUUCAGGUGCAUUUUGCGGUCAAACACAGCCAGGAAUGUCGGAUCUAUCGAUGUAGCGUAUGCACGCUGUCCAACAACAAAAAUUCGCCAUCGGGAGCUAACGGAAUGCCCGGCAACAUCUUCAGGAGUGAGGCCGAAAUGGCGGCUCAUGUGCGUAAUGUACACGCGCCUGCUGCCAUCGCUCCAUCCUUGAUGAACAACAGUCCCGCCACAACGAGGAGUCCCGUCUCUACGCCCGGCGUAGUUGCGACGCGCUGCGUCUUCUGCGGUACCUGUUACAGUUCAGAACUCGAGCUUCAACUUCAUUUAGCCAGCCACUCGGCCAAUCUCUACAGAUGUCCCAUCUGUAGAGAAGGUUUUGCGGUGGAAUUUUUAUUGGAUAGACACGUCACCCAAGUUCACCAUCAAACACAAGAUCAUCAAGCGCCAUCAACCAGAAACAGAGAAAACGGACGUAUUCAUCGACCGGCUAGAAGUCAAGAAGAAACAAAAUCUCUGAAGAGAGGCCGUUCGCCAGCUUCAAGCAACAACAAUUCCCUGAAUCAACGUGACAACAACAACAAACGUUCAAAUUACAGCACGAAUUCUGGUCAGCAAUGCGAUCUCUGUGAACGUGGUGAAUUUGCGAAUGAAGCUGAGUUGCAAGCACAUAAGAAACUCGCCCAUACACCUUCCAAGUUGUCCAACAAGGCUUUAUCUACCUUGAGCAUGACAUGUGGCUAUUGUGGCGAAGUCUGUCGUUCACGAAGCGAACUGGAAUCUCACACAAGAGUCCAACACGCAUCUAAUGAACCGGGUGGACGCCAUAAGUGCAACAUCUGUGAUGAAGUGUGCCCGUCUGGCGUAAGCCUGGCUGAGCACAAGCUUCAGAAGCAUUGUAAGAUUCAACUAAGUGACACAUGCGUCGUAUGUCGCGGCUGUCUCACAUCAGAAAAUCAGUUUUUAGACCAUGUGCAAAGACACAGUCUAGAGAACGUAGAUCCACAGCAACGAUUAGACAACACACUGCCUCAUCUACCUGCACCGUGCGUUGUCUGCCGACAGACGCUGAUCAGCGACCUGGAAUGUCGUCUGCACGCACGACAUCACCUACGAACAUCCUCAGGAUCGCGUAGCGCCGGUUCCAGCCCAAUCAGUCUUGGCAACAAAAUUCAGAGUCAAGGUUGUUGCCUGUGCAUGCGCGACUUCGCGGCCGAAGACUUUGUCAAUCUACCACCUAAUCCUGCUAGUACCAGCGGACAACUGCUAAGAGUUUGCAAACCAUGCUACAUGCGCCAUUCUCAGGGACUGCCUAUUCUGAAUUCGACUACCUACGAGCAUCGGGCCAAAUACGAGGCAACUUGGCUUGCGAGGAAAGACGAUCAAUGGGAUGAAUCUAAGGAUAAGUGGCAACAGGAGAAAGGAUUCAAGAUAGAGGAUCGAUCGAGAAACGAAGGAAUUUCGAAUAAAAAACGGUGCAAAGAAUGUGGAGUAAAGUUCGAAGAUCCAGAAGAGGCGGAAAAACAUAGGAUCACUGAGCAUGAAAAGUCUACCAGUGGUAGCUCAAAUACUUACACCUGUAUACAGUGUCAAGUAUCGUUUUCAACUGAAGCCAAAAUUCAACAACACGUGAGAAAGGAACAUUUGGAGGUAUCUGGGAAAGCAUCUUCAGAGGCUUUACGGUGCCACUUGUGCUUAUUCGAGGCUGCUAGUCCUAUGCAGCUGCAAAUUCACUUAAUAGAACACACUUUCGCCGGUUGUGCCGCUCUUAGCUGUUAUAUCUGCCAAUCACUCUUUACAACUCCCAUUGGACUUCAGAAUCAUAUACUACAGGAGCACGGACUGGAUGCGCGACCAUACGAUUGUUCCAAGUGCACUCUCAAGUUCUUCUUUAGCGCCGAGUUAGACCACCAUGUAUUGACCUUUCAUCGUCUGGGGGAAAGAGUUCAUUCUUCAUCGAUCAAAAAUGAUCAUGAGACGAAAAACGAGUCCGAAAAGCGUAAUUGUGGUAUAACGGUAAAAAAGGAAGUAAUGCAACAAAAUAGUAAAGAAGAGGAAGAAGAAGAGGAAGUAAACGUGGACGAUCAGGUAGGGCAGAGACAACACGACAAGGUUGUACAAGAAGAGCAAAAACUAAAGACGGAAAUAGACAGCGAGACGGUAUCCGGCAGAACGGAAUCGUGACUUUCCACAAUCAGCAUUACGUUUUGUUCCAUUCUAGGAUUAAUUAAUUGUUAAAAAUUUUUAAUUCAAUUAUUAAUUUACUACCAUGAAAUUAAUUAGCAAACAUUUUAAGACAAGUAAGUCUUUUACACUGAGAAAAAAAUGUUAACUUAAUUAAAUUUUUAUCUUGAUUAAAUUUUUCCAAAUUUUAAGUUAUUUAAGUUAAAAAUAUAAAUAUUUUACAUAAUUAAAAAAAUUUAAUAAACAUAAUUAACAUAAUUAACAUAGUUAUAAAAAUUUAAUUUAAGAUGAAAAAUUUAAUCAAGUUAGCAACCUUUUCUUAGCGUAAACAUUGAUUUACGGAUAGAGUUAAUAAAGUUCGAUACAGUAUUUACUAGGAGUAUUAAUUAUCGACAAAACUUGUUCUUGUAAUAAUUCCAGAUGGUUAAUUUUUUACAUAUGGAUAAUAAACUUCAAUGUAAGAUUAUAUGACGUAAGACCUUUAAAUUAUUAUAUCAAUUUCAAGAUUAGAUAUCGAAUAUGUUUUUUAAAAAUAUAGGUCUAUCUGUUAAGUUUGAGAUAAUACUACUGGUAUUAAUUUUAUGUUGUUUCGACCAAGCUAUUUACUCUUGUAGUUAUUAUUAUAGUUAUUAUUGUAGCUAUUAUUGUAGUUAUUAUUGUGGUAAUACAACAUGUAAAUUUUAAUCGUUUUUCUCUUCUGAAUGCUUCGAUUAACGUUAGACACGUCUGACUGCUCUAACAAAACUCGACCGAUUGCUAAAAUUAAAGCAAUCAUGUCUUAAAUGCAUAUUUGUAUACUCCAAAAUAUGUAAGUAUGUAUAUACGCGCGCGCGCGUGCGUGUGUGUGUGUUUGUGUGUAUAAACGCUAAAUGUUGUUAAAUUUACAUUAUACACAUUAUCAUAAUUACAAAAACUUAAAGAAAAGAAAGAAAAUCCAACCACUAGGAAUUAUAACCAAAUUGGAAUGCACGCAAGAUUGUCAUUGCCAUUUAGACAAGUAAUUUGUUCUUUAUAGCUGCUCUGGACUAUACUAGUGAUGGAUAAGUAAGACAAGUCCAUUUUUUCUCAAUCUAACUUAUUGCACUAGUUCAGUAAUGCAAUUCAGUGCAGCUAUAAAGAACAGACCAAAAGACAACACAAAGGAGGCAGGUCCUAUUCUCUCACUUUAUACGCAGAUCCAGAACUAAAGAGAGAAGGGAAAUGGAAGCAAUUUUCUUGGCUCUCCGGGUAAAUUUUUAUUCUAUUUGUAUUUCUAAAACUCUAAACAUAUUUAAAAUAAUAGCAGCAGUCAUUUGGUUGCAAGAUGUCAACAGAACUGAAAAUGACAACUGAGUACAGCUUUUCAGAAAUCAAAUCCUCAAGUUAGCUAUCUAAGAUUGACUGUAUUCAUAAAUAUAUUUUGUAAACAUAAUAACUAAAUAGCGCGUAGAAAUUCAGACAAAGAUAAAUUUUUCGGGAAGCCUGACAAUAAUACCUUUUGAAAAAGAAUUGAAUCAAUCGAUGACAACCGCGAUGAUCGCUCUCAAGUUUUUUUCUGAUUUUUGUGUGUAUGCUACAAAAAGAUGCCACUUCGUCAUUUCUUUCUAACCGGAUUACGUGACCUAAAAACAAUAUUGUGCGUAUUCUAGAUUGGUUAUAGUUCAAUGGAUUAAACAUGUGCCAAAUCUCAUUAUAUUGUUGCACAAAAUCAAUUUUUAUUUAAUGAUUUUAUAAAUAUAAAACAUUUCAAUUUA